AUGUGCGCACACGCGUUCAUUACACACGCCUGUCUCCCGCUCCUCUCUUUGUGUAUUGGAUCCGUGGCGCAUAUCAAAAAUACACGAGUGACCCAGUCGGAAAUAGAAUCUCCAAACACCACGAGAUCACGGACACCAUCAGGUGAGCAACCGCAGGUUAAAGUCGGACAGCACCACCUGAAAUCGCACAUCACUUUCAUAAUGCCGGAUCCUGGGAUCAAUCACCUUUGCAUGGGAUGUGAAAACACACUUGCGGGAGAAAAAGAAAGGUGUACAUCAUCAACAGUAUUCGGAAUGAACACGCGAGCCUUGGGGCACAAGAACUGGCGAGAAGUUCACCUGGACGCCGUGAACAAUGUCCACGUAAUCAAGAACAAGAACAAUCAAAACCAAAGAACAAUGUUUUCACGAACGCAUAACCGGAGAAACGUUUACAGCAUACCCAAAACACAUACGCGCAUACAAUUUCCAUCACCCCUUCCACGCGACAUAACCCCCCCAAUGUACAUAAGAAAGGUUCGAUCCAACAUAUCCCCUUCCACCCCCCUUACCUGGGCCACCCCACCCCAUGGGAGACAGAGUCCCACAGCCAGAGCGCAACACGCGGUGCCGCAAACAAAAGCGCAACCACCACCAGUACAUGUAGAAAACACAAAUCACGACGGCAAAAACCAGAUGGCGCGCCUG